AUGUCAUCGAUCAGAUUUCUCCCCGUAGAAUGGCAUUCCGUUAUCCACACUCGAGAUGACGCCGUUAAGCGGCAAUUGGAGGCUAUCACUCUCCCAUCUGUGCCCAUCCUACGUAAUAAUGACCUUACCUUUAUAAUACGCUACCCUGGCCGCGCAGGUUCUAUGACCAACGACUGCAUUUCCGAUGUUUUAUUCUACCAAGGCUCUGAGUAUCAGUAUAAAAUUAGAGAAGAAGUUGUACAGAACAUCAAUAAUACGAUACCUGCCAGAGAGCGUCUAAGCUUCGGACUUCAUUGUCGUGUAGCUUGUCUAUUCUUGAUCGGCUCUCCUGUGGCGCUUUUCCUCACUUGCCGAGGUUCCUGUGCUAAUAUAAUCCCAGAAGUGCCUGAUUAUGGUGGGGGAGGUGGUGUGAGAGCCCAUGUACAGUUGAAGGGGGUCAUGAAGGCCUUGGCAGACUCCGCCUAUGACGUAGCCACCAAGGAUGGUGGUAUAAAGAAAGCGUUUAUAGCUCCGAUGAAGUCUUUGCUUGGGCUGGAUGCGGAUGAGAUAGCGAGUCUCCAGACAGCAAUUGAAAGCAUCAAAACGAUCAAUGGUGGAGAGCGUAUCGACUGGGAGCUUCAGGAGACCUUGAUUGAAUCUGCUAACGAUUACGUCACAGCUGUUGUUAGCCACAAUCGUUACUUCAAUCACGUGGAUUUCGCUGCCUUCGUGAAGGACAAGUUGACGAUCAGUUCCUCAUCGUCUGCAGCGUAG